AUGUUCAUAACCUUGGAAGCCACAUGGUCCAUUAAAUACCCCUCCACUGAUAUGAAGUUCACUUUCACUUCCAUCGCGUACAUCUUGUGCCUUUUUACCGCCAUGGUCGAAGCCCUCACCCGAUACGAGACCACGCCUCCAAGCGAUGCCACUGUCCUCAUUGACAGACAGGCUCUGAAUGACAUGGCUAAAGAUCACCCGUACGGCGCUUUGUUCCCCGAGAAUGGAGGGUAG